AUGGAAAUAGAUGGGUUUUUGAAGAACCUUAAUGAGUAUCAUGAGAUGGGAAGCAGUCAUGGCAUGCAUGGAGACUUAGAUGCAGAGUCUGGAGUGCAAUAUGAAGCAGGGCAGUAUGCAUGCAGUAUAUGCUAUUUGUCUCCUGAAGAUCCAGUAGUGACGUUCUGUGGGCAUCUUUAUUGUUGGGGAUGCAUAUAUGCAUGGUCGCAAUCUGUUGGCGGAUGCAGGCUCUGCCCAGUGUGUAGAUCAAAAAUGUCAAUUGAGGAAGUCAUACCUGUUUUGUCUGUGAGUAGCAAGAGAAGAUGCGGAAGAAUUCCUCCAAAGCCUGUGAAUGGAAGAAGGCUUACCAAGGUGAUUGUGCCUGGAUGGAAGGCAAACGAUAGAAGGUUUGUUGGAAGCAUUGUACUGCAGGAAUAUAAUCCCGAGGUGCUUUCGUACAGAACAGUGAUGGGAACAUUUGUAUUUGUAUGCAUUUUUGUUGCAAUAACCUUGAAGUCGUAUCUGCUUGGUGGGUAG